GCUCACAUUAAAUUUCCUAUUGACUAUCCAUAUUCACCACCUACGUUCAGAUUCCUGACCAAAAUGUGGCACCCCAACAUUUAUGAGAAUGGGGAUGUAUGUAUUUCAAUUCUUCACCCACCUGUAGAUGACCCGCAAAGUGGAGAGCUGCCCUCCGAGAGGUGGAACCCUACCCAAAAUGUCAGGACUAUCUUACUGAGUGUAAUCUCUUUGCUUAAUGAGCCCAACACAUUCUCUCCUGCCAACGUGGAUGCAUCAGUCAUGUUCAGGAAAUGGAGGGACAGUAAAGGAAAAGACAAGGAGUAUGCUGAAAUAAUAAGGAAACAGGUUUUGGCUACCAAAGCUGAGGCAGAGAAGGAUGGCGUGAAGGUCCCCACUACACUGGCAGAAUACUGCAUCAAAACUAAAGUGCCUUCCAAUGACAACAGUUCAGAUUUGCUUUAUGACGACUUGUAUGAUGAUGACAUUGAUGACGAAGAUGAGGAGGAAGAGGAUGCCGACUGUUACGAUGAUGAUGAUUCUGGCAAUGAGGAGUCGUGA